AUGGAUAUCAAAAACGCUAUCCUUCGGCUCACCGAUAUCCUGGCCAACCAGCAGCAACAGAUUGAAGUUCUCCUGCAGAACAACGCAGUUCCUCAGGUUGGGAGCGAGAAAAUUAACGAGUCGCUGGCGACGGGAAUUCAAGAAUUCCGGUUCGACCCAGACGGCGGAAUUUUUUUCGACUCCUGGUUCGCUCGGUAUGAAGACGUCUUCAGGCAAGAUGGGCAACAUUUGGACGACGCUGCCAAGGUCAGACUGCUCCUCCGGAAAGUCGAUUCGCAGUUUCACGAACGGUAUCUGGACAGCAUUUUGCCGAGUCACCCCCGAGACUUUGACUUUGAAACAACAGUGACAAAGCUCAAGCGUCUCUUCGGUCGACAAAAAUCGCUGUUCAACGCACGUUCCAUCAACAAAAACUGCGAGGCGUUUCAACUCAACCGGCUUACUAGUGACCAGUUUAAAGCUCUGCGUUUCAUAUGUGGUUUACAAUCGCCACGGGACGCAGACAUACGAGCUCGGCUCAUUAGUAAGGUCGAAGCCGAAGAAAGCGCCCCACUUGCCGAAGAUUGCCAACUCACUCUGGACAAGCUGGUGGACGAGUGCCACAAGCUCCACAACCCGAAACAGGACACACAAAUGGUUGAGAAGAAGGACCCCUUAAUCAACGCUGUGUCCCUCCAUUCAAAACCACCCGAGCAGAAGACAAAAAAGGUUCCGAAGACGCCCUGCUGGCUCUGCGGGGACUUCCAUUACGUCCGUGAGUGCCCGUUCCAGAAUUCCACCUGCGGAAAAUGCAAACGCAGGGGCCACAAGGAAGGUUACUGUGCUUCAGCGGAUUCCAGGAAGAAAACAACCGACGAGCAUUAUCCAAACCUUCGUAAGAUAAAAGGUGUCACUCUGGUGCAGAAAGUGGACAUUUCCAAGAGGCACAAGUUUGUUGAUGUUCAUCUGAACGGUGUCAACGUCAAGCUCUAG